UGACAGCCAACGGGAUCCUCGAGACGGGGUUUCCAACCUUGGCACUGUCCAUUGGCUCCGCCGCGGCCGGCUCGUAUGACAUAUUAAACUCGUUCCCGAUCCUCCUUCAGAAAUGCCCAGUCCCACCUUCUCAUAAUCGGCCCCUCGUCGCACUCACCCACGCGUUUCUGCAGUGUCCUCUGCGCAGACGAUGUCGAUCCCGAUUCUCCCUCUGGUCGAGGAACCACGACCCCAGGACUCGAGCUCGGCCCGUAAGAGUCCGCAAUGGGUCUCAAGCCUUUAUGACGUUGGUUGGACCGUCUUGCACCACGCAAGAAAGCACACCGGUGCAGGCAUCGUGUGCUCCGUCGCGUACUUUGACCCGGGAAACUGGGGAGUCGAUCUUCAAGCGGGGUCACAAUACGGCUACAAGUUGCUUUUCGUCGUCCUCCUGUCAGGAUUGUUUGCUGCCUUUCUGCAGGUCCUGGCGACUAGACUAGGGGUUGUCACAGGCCUAGACUUAGCAUCCCACUGCCGUCUCCUGUUCUACGAUAGACCUCGCCAUGGUCGCAUAUGGCGAUGGGCCGUCCUUUACCCUCUAUAUGCGCUAUCCGAGGUUGCAAUUGUUAGCACAGAUCUUGCAGAACUUCUAGGCUCGGCCAUCGCUCUCAACCUCCUGUUCCCAGCGCUUCCACUAUGGGGCGGAGUGUUGUUGACCUCCGCCGACGUUCUACUCAUCUUAGCGCUGGGAAACCCCUUGAAUGGUAAACCUGUAAGAAUGUUCGAGUUGAUAAUUGCAGCACUAGUGUUUGCCGUCCUUGUCUGCAUGGCCAUUAUCAUAGGCAAGACCACUGUACAGUGGGGCACAGCCUUUGACGGUUUCGUGCCAUCCAAGGAGAUAUUCGCAGACGGUGCACUGUAUACAUCUGUAGGAAUUCUCGGUGCAACAGUCAUGCCUCAUAGUCUCUUCUUGGGCUCUCACCUUGCGACACAAGAUAGAGUUGCUGGAGCGCCGCUCAAGACAGUUUCUACCACUACUAGCUCGGCCUUCAGUUUCUCGCUUCGCAACGAAACACGCCUACAGCAAGUUGUCAGGCGAUCUCUCCGAUCAUUCGGUACCUAUUGUGCAUCGCUCUUCCGCGCAGAAAGCUCGAAUGCCCCCGCACUGCCAGCAAGCCACGCGGAGAAGGAGAAUAACAGCUACGCUUUUGUCGCGGCCCACCUAUACCAUGCAAUGGUCGAUAUCGUUGUUUGCUUACUGGGUUUUGCUGUCAUCAUCAAUUCAAUGAUCCUCAUCUUGGCGAGCGCUGUUUUCUUCUAUCAGUCGGGGGAGUAUGGGAAUGAAUCUCCCGCAAGUCUGUUUGAUGCCCAUACUUUGAUUCAGUCAACGAUUGGCAAAGGUGCCGCCCUUUUGUUUGCGUUGGCCUUGCUUGCUGCAGGCCAGAGCGCCUCCAUCGUGGCCACAGUAGCCGGACAAAGUGUCUCCGAGGGCUUUUUGCGGUGGAAAGUCUCCCCCGUCGUACGUCGUCUGCUUACCCGCCUUUUGGGACUCAUUCCGUCCAUGGUGGUUGCAGUCGCUGUCGGUCCUUCGGGCAUCAACACUUUGCUUGUUAUUAGCCAAGUCGUACUUUCGAUCGUCCUCCCAUUCAUCACUUUCCCUCUCGUCUGGCUUACCUCAUCCUCCACGGUCAUGCGCGUACGCAAGACACCAUUGAACACGGAUAGUAACUCGCCUGCACUUGUUUCAUCCCAUAGCGGUGCGCCGCAGCGUGCACCGCAGACGGAAAAACAGGAAGAACAAACAGACUUUGUAGACUACAGUAACGGCAAGAUAGUGAUAUUCAUUGGGUACCUUAUCUGGCUCGUUAUAGUCAUCGCUAAUGUGUACGUUAUUGUAACUCUAGGCAUGGGACAGGGCGGUUGA